CUCUCUUCCAUAAAUUUCAUCUUCUUCACGUUUCCCCUUCCUAAAUUUCUCUUGUCUAUUGUGAUAUAUUCUCCCGUCUUUUGUGAACAGUGCGAUGGAUGUUCGUCGCUGUACCAAGCGUCAGAAAAAUUGCAGGAUUAACAACUUACCUGAUGAGAUGCUUAUUGCCAUUCUUUCCUGUUUGAACUUCCACGAGGCAGCACGCACCUCUAUUCUCUCACACCGAUGGAGAUACUUAUGGAAGCAUACACAUUGCAGUCUUCACUUCUUUAAUGACAAGGUUUAUACUAUGCGACUAACCGAAAGGUUUGUAUCUUCAAUUAACCAAGUCUUGAAAUUGCAUCACUCUCCAUCUAUACACCAGUUCAAAGUUUGUUUUAACUGCCCAAUACCUUGUGUAAGAGAAGGAGAGAAACACAAAAUCGACUAUGCUAUUGAUGCCUGGAUUGAUUUUGCCAUAGGAAAACAAGUCAAGGUGUUUGAAUUAGACUUGUUAGGGAGAGGGCAUGCAAGAGAUGAUUUUAAUUAUACCAUUCCUCAUGUGCAAAAGCUCUUGUCUAUUUCCGGAGGUGAGGUCAAGUUGAUGACAACUCUCAAGACUCUUAAAUCUCUUCGAUUUGUUAGUGUUGAGAUAGCACAAGAAGUUGCUGAAUUCAUUUUAUCCAACUGUCCCUUGCUGGAGCAAGUGUGUAUUUCACGCUCAGAGUAUCUCGGUUAUUUGAAGGUUACUCGUUCAUUACCUAAGUUAAAGUCCAUGGAAAUAUCUCAUUGUAAACGUCUGACGGGUACAAAGGUUCGUGCUCCGAAUCUCGUGUCGUUUACAUACAUUGGACGCUCUAUCAAAAACGUGCCUUUUAAGGGAGUUGUUCCCCGCCUAUCUGAGCUAACUAUUGGAGGAUUAUAUGCCUAUUAUUUUAUGAUGAAUGCUCCCAUGCAUUCAAUCUAUUGCAGCAACCUGAAGAGGCUUAAACUGGAAGUGUCUUCCACGAUAUCUUCCUUAUGCAAGGUGAUUCCCAAUGAAUUUCAUCAACUCUGCCAUCUGAAAAAGCUGAAAUUAGAUAUCACCAUAAAGUUUGGUGAUGGCCUUUGCUUCUUCGUAUUCUUGAUCAAAUGUUCUCCUCAUUUGUCCAGAUUAACCAUCCGGUUAACAUUCCUUCCUUUCUUCUCUCAUGGCAUUAAGAGACACGUUGUACGGGGUUAUGGGGAUUUGAAUGACGUGUUUGAGAAGGGCCAGGCUAAAGCGCACGCUGCUGAUCGUAUAGUACAAGAAGCUAUGACAUUUAGUCAUAAAUGUCUAAAGGUUGUGAAGUUGGUUGGUUUUAUUGGGUCUACAAGUGAUUAUGAACUUGCUUCACAUUUGCUGCGAAUUGCUGGAUCUCUCAAGAGAAUGAUCCUUUGUGCUGAUUAUGAUUAUUUCAUGUAUAAUGAGUUUUGGCCGUACUCCUUGUGGAAGAAGGCAAUCCGAAAGUGUGCUCAUCAGCUUAAAGCAAAUUUACCCCCCAGAGCUGAAUUGUUGAAUAUGGCCAUGGUUUUUCGAAGAGAAUUAAGUUGAUUUAAAUUUGCAUAUUUACUAUAACUUCUCUUAUUGUGUCUUUUGAAUUGUUUUUAUUAUUUUAAGAGAAAAUUGGUUGGAUAACUUGUGUACUUUGAUGAACUUUCACCUCUUUUUAACCACUGAAAUUAUAUGCAAGUGUUUGAGUUAUUGA